GUCGCAGAGCCAUCUGCUGUCAGGUAGGCUCUGCACUCUUAAGCCGCUGUGGACUUGCCUUGAUCACUCGUCUGGCUGCGACAUCUAGUGGAGCUGCCGCCGAUCAGCUGGACGGUGGAUUCGAAAUUGGUCUCAACAACAACUUCGGUCAAGACAUCGUCACGGAGAUGCCAUGGGGAAACUCGGCGUACUAUUCGCCAGGAUUUCUCGAGAGUCCAGUGAUGUAUGAUGGAUCGGCAUUCAAUAUGCGCCUAGAUUACGAUCAAGGAGGAGUCUCACAGGAUCUCCCGCAUGAUCUGACUACGGCGGGCACUCUACAACUUAUCUCACCGGCGUAUCGAAGUCUGGCCCGCUGGGGCAACGCUUCUCCAUCCGGCGGAGCUUCAGGAAGCAGCAGCACGAACGUGGGGAUUUCUUUAUGGUUAAUAAUACCAGGUAAAUCUACUAACGCGCACCCAAGGCCGUCGCAGCACACGGCUCGAACGCGACGGUGGGCACCCUAUGAGCUGCGGCGGGAAUCCACGUCUAGCCUCACAAGGCGGCAACGGGAGCUUGAGGAGGAACGCGAUCUUGUUCGGGAUGAAUUGCUUCGAAGGUCAGAGCAGUUGGCGUUGACGGCGACGGAAACGACGGAUGCGCAUGACAACGCUGGAGUCAUCGUGUCGCCAAGGAGUACAGGUCAUGUCUGUCCUUUCGACGCGGCAUGCAAUGUCCCCGUUGAGGACUUCAAGCGGCACUACCGCGAGCUCCACAGCAACAUCGAGGUCUCGAUCUGUCAAUGGCGGUUCUCUCCCACGAGCCCACGUUGCCGCACAGUGCUUAAGAGCUUCGGGUCCCUCCUGAAGCAUCUCAAACAAGUGCAUCUGAAAGACAUGGCUUGCAAGUGCUCUCGAUGUGGCCGCCAACUUUCGCGGUCUGACGCACUCACACGCCACAUGCGGAAGUGUCUGCGAUUUGAGGAAGCCGAAGCAUCGGGCGAUGGAAGCACGGUUACUUAGGUGUAGGGUGCCGUCCAUACUAUCCUCUGCGACGUCUCCCUACGUCAGACGGCAGGUAUAUUGUUACGAUCGGCGUUGUAAGUUAGAAUAGGUCGUGCUUUGUUUCUAUCCCGUUGUGUUUAUGCUUUGUAUGUGGGAAGAUGAAGCGCUCUUCCCGGUUGCUAUGAAUUGAUGUAUAUGCUGUUUCGCUUUCUACCAUAUAUCUCUGCUCCAAUCUCGUUCCUUGGUUGUGACGCUAGCAUAGGCCGAAGUGACAGACAUAAAUAGCAUGACGGUCGAACUACCGACUGUGGCAAGCGAAGCUCAUCGCCAAAGUUGCGUUGUUCCUGGC